AUGGCAGUAAGGACGGUCUUGGUGCACAUCAGGGUGAUUUCUGUGCUGCUCUGGCUUACAUCAUCUCUGUCAGUAUGUUUCCACUCCCAAGCCAGAUCUUCUCAGCAUUUCUCCUCUCCAGAAGUGGUGAUGCCUUUGAAGGUGACCGGCAGAGGCAGAAGUCCAGGGGCUCCUGGCUGGCUCUCCUACAGCCUGCGGUUUGGGGGCCAGAAGCACAUUAUCCACAUCAAAGUCAAGUCAAUCUUAGUUUCUAGACAUUUCCCAGUGUUCACUUACACAGACCAGCAUGCCCUCCGUGAGGAUCAGCCUUUUAUCCAGGAUGACUGUUACUUUCAUGGUUAUGUGGAAGGGGACCAUGAGUCACUGGUUGCUCUCAGUUCCUGUUUGGGGGGUUUUCAAGGGGUGCUACAGAUAAAUGGUCUCACUUAUGAAAUCAAACCCAUGAAACACUCUUCCACUUUUGAACACCUGGUGUAUAAUAUAGAUAUGAAUGAGGCAACUUCACCAUCCAUGAGCUGUGGCUUAACAGACGAAGAAAUAGCACACCAAUUGGAGUUGCAAGAAACAUAUAAUUCCACAUUGAAGCAAAGUUCUUUUUAUGGCUGGUGGACCCAUAAACGUUUUGUUGAACUGGGAGUGGUGGUAGACCAUAAUCGAUUUCUUUAUUCACAUAGAAAUACCACAGUGAUCCAACAGGAUGUAUUUACUGUUGUUAAUUUUGUGAAUGGUAUAUAUAAACCUUUAGAUGUUGAUGUGCUUUUGAUUGGUAUAGAGAUCUGGACGAAGGGAAAUCCCCCAUUAUCAAAUAACGUCGAUACGGCUCUGAAUCAGUUUAAAGAUUGGAAGCAUGCCAAUCUCAAUCUGCGAAUGCCAAGUGAUAUUACACAUCUUUACAUAAAUGACUCCUAUGGUACAAAUAUUGGUGCUGCCUUCCAGAAAGGUAUAUGCAGUAAGUUAUAUAAUCUUGCAGUUAUUAGUUUUCUAGGAAAUGAGUUUUAUGAUUUAUCAAUUAUUAUAUCACAUGAACUUGGUCAUAGUUUAGGUAUGGGCCAUGACACUCAAUGGUGUAAUUGUGGUGCCAGGCAUUGCCUAAUGUAUCAUAGCAAAACUAAAGCAACACCGCGAUUUAGUAAUUGCAGUUAUGCCCAAUUUUGGAACUGGUCUUACACAAAUGGCCAAUGUAUUUAUUAUCCUCCUCUUCCAAACACGGUGCUUAAGUUGAAUGUAUGUGGAAACCUACUGGUUGAAGAAGGAGAGGAAUGUGACUGUGGAACCAUGUAUCAGUGUUCUAGAGACCCUUGCUGUCUUCCAGACUGCACUCUAAAACCAGGGGCUGCUUGUGCUUUUGGGCUGUGUUGUAAAGAUUGCAAUUUCCUUCACUCAGGGUAUUUGUGUAGACCACAGGCCAAUGAAUGUGAUCUUCCGGAGUGGUGCAAUGGAACUUAUCAUCAAUGUCCAGAAGAUGUCUAUAUGAUGAAUGGGAUCCCCUGUAAUGACAGUUCCUACUGCUUUGAAAAGAGAUGCAACAGCCAUGAUACACAGUGUAAAGAAAUUUUUGGUCAAAAUGCAAAAAGUGCACCUCAGAUCUGCUACAACAGGGUUAAUUCUCAAGGAGAUCGUUUUGGUCAUUGUGGUAUCAAAGAUGAAAGUUACAUAAAAUGUGAUAUUGCUGACAGGCUGUGUGGAAGACUUCAGUGUGAAAAUAUGAGCAUACUUCCCAGUCUGCAUCAACAUUCAACAUUGCAUCAGAUGCAGUUCAAAAGCACCACGUGUUGGGGCACUGACUAUCAUGCAGGGAUGCCCUUACCUGAUAAUGGUCUUGUGAAGGAUGGCACAGACUGUGGUCCCCAUAAGAUCUGCCUAAAACAUAAGUGUAUUUCCAUGUCUAGUCUGUCACGACAGUGUGAUCCUAUGACCUGCAACAUGAGAGGCGUCUGUAACAGCAAAGAACACUGUCACUGUGAUUAUGGGUGGGCACCUCCUAACUGCUUGUUGAAAGGUCUUGGAGGUAGUUUUGAUAGUGGCCCACCUCCUCCAAAAUCAAAGCUGCAAGUUACCUUUUAUCUGUUUUUAUUACUUUGGCUAACUCCUUUGAGUUUUCUAAUUAUAUAUGCCUUCCACGUGCUUUUUAUGAGAAACAAAAAAAGAGAGAAGGAAAGAGGAAUGGCUACAGUAGAGGGGAUUAAAACAGGGGGUAUGGAAACAGAAGCUCAAAAAUCAAAAGGAGUAGAGAAAAAAGAGAGCAAGAGGAAAUCAACUGUAAGACAGAAAAGAUGA